GCUGGGGCCACAGUGUGGGGUGUGUUUGAACAGGAGACACAGAGAGAAGAAGAAGAAAAAAAAAGUUUAGUCGCGGAUUUUUCUGGCGUCUGACCUGCAGCAAAGCAUCCGUCGAGAGCAUCAUGGCAAACAAAGCAGCACAGCAGCCUCCUCACCUGCACCUGGCCGAGGUCACCGCGUCCCAGUUCCUCGACAUUUGGAAACAUUUCGACGCUGACGGUAAUGGCUACAUCGAGGGGAAGGAGCUGGAGAACUUCUUCAGGGAGUUGGAGAUGGCUCGGAGAGGAGCAGGGGUGGACCCCUCAAACCCCACAUUCAGAGAAAAGAUGAAGGAGUUCAUGCAGAAGUUUGACAAGAACAAAGAUGGACGGAUCGAGAUGUCAGAGCUGGCCCAGAUUCUCCCAACUGAAGAGAACUUCUUGCUGUGCUUCAGACAGUUUGUCAGCUCCAGCGCCGAGUUUAUGGCGGCAUGGAGGCGAUACGAUACAGAUCGCAGUGGCUACAUUGAAGCAAAUGAGCUGAAGGGCUUUCUCUCAGACCUGCUGGAGAAAGCUAACAGACACUAUGAUGAUCAGAAGCUGCAGGAGUACACACAAACCAUACUCAAGAUGUUUGAUCUGAAUGGAGAUGGGAAGCUGGGUCUGUUAGAGAUGGCGAGGCUUCUCCCCGUCCAGGAGAACUUCCUACUCAAAUUCCAGGGUGUCAAGUUGACCUCUGAGCAGUUCAAUGCCAUCUUCACAUACUAUGACAAGGAUGGCAAUGGCUACAUUGAUGAGCAUGAGUUGGACGCUCUGCUAAAAGACCUUUACCAGACAAACAAGACGGAGCUGGACCAGAAGAACCUGACGGGCUACAAGCAGAGCAUCAUGAGCCUGUCCGACGGAGGCAAGCUCUACCGUGGCGAGCUGGAAAUCGUCCUCUGCAGGGACCAAAUCCUGUGACUCUUCCUACUCUCCUUGUUGCAUAUCAUUUUCUCUGCCUGCCCCGCCCUUUUCUCCCCAGACCACACCCACUUUCAGCUGAGUGGCAACUUAUACCAGGUGCAUGUGCCGGACACCCCCACCCCCCCAGACCCCCGAUCAUGUCCCACCCCCACCCCUCCCAGAAUAACAAAAUACAGAAUGAAUGACAACUGCACUGUCAGCACGCAGCAGCUCUCCUUCCUGAAACCCUCAUUUUUCUGCAAACCGACCUCUCGACCCCAACCGUGACCUUCCUGAAACCUCCAGCUUUUCACCCUCAGACUAUCCUCCCAGCUCUCCCCCGUUUCUGACCUCAUCCUCCAUCCAUGCUGUGCCUGACUUGCAACUCCUGACCAAAACUCCAAACCCCCUAAAUUCCAGAGAAAUUCCCUUUCGACCUGUUGGCAGCCCCUGAGUCUUGCCCCGGCUUCAUUGACCCCUCCAUUCCCUCGCUCUUUCAACUUUGCAUUAGAUACGAUAUAUAGUCAAACUAAACCGCAGACAGAUGUGUUUGAAGUGAUCGCAUUUAUAAUCUGUAAUGGAACUGAUAACGAUUUUUCCACCUCGAUUUCUCCUGAAACCAUCUCAUUCCAUUGAAACUCUUGUGUACCAAUGCCAUGACAUGAUUUUCAUUUUCAAUGUUUGUUUUUGGCUGAUACUGUCAAUUGAAAAUAUUAAUAAAAUAUCUUAAGAUAAAAUGA